GCCCCACAAGAUCCACUUGUGCUGACUGCGAGAAAUCUCUUAUUUUCUUAGCAAGAGUUGAGCGGUUGAGCCUCAACCAACUCGGUCUCACUUUCCUCACCAAUUUAAUCAAAUCAGUCAGAAUUAGGAGCCCCACCACUGCAUGCACUUUCACACGUCUCUUUCUUCAGCUUUGAUCCCAGCGAAACUGUUUAACUGGGUACUUAAAUUAACUCACAAUUAUUAAUUACACAAUAAAAUUAGCCCAAGUUCACGAUGGGCUAUACACAAGUAAGAAGUGAGUAAAUAGACUAAUAAAUAGCGUACAUUUUUAAGUGAAUAAACUGGGAAGGAUAGAUAUUGUUAAAUCCGUAUUGUGUACAUAAACUUGGCUCUAAAAUGAACAAACGUGCAAGAUAUUGGGUUUCGUGACAAAAGGAACAUAUCACGGAUUUGUAGUCUUUUAAUUUGCAAUUCCAAUUGUGUGUUUAGCAAACUAUAUAAACAUAAACUAUAAAUGAUUCGUUGAAAUUGUAUUUUCAGUUGUGCAAAAUUUUAUCCAAAACGUGAAAAAUUUUAUUUUGGAAAAAUUAACUUCAAUUUUUGCGAGUGUGAUUUGUAGUGAAAUUAAAAGUUUAGUUACGUAUAAAGAGUACCGUUUAUUAGAAUGUUUACAUAUAAUCGCUUUCACUAAUUAGGAUUGAAGCAGUCAUGAUGAACAUUAAUGUCUUUCUCUGUCUUGCCAUACCAGUCUUUGUUGGGCAGGUGAUAUCGGCCAGGUAUUCGUACACUUUAAGGCCGAAUGACGACUCGAAAUGUGGGUGCAACUAUACCGAAAUUUACAGCAACUUGCCUUCUUUCAUGAAUUCGAUCUCAAGGGAUGAAUCGUUUAGUUGGGUGUUCAAGGGAAGAGAUGGAGAAAGGGGGUUGGAGGGUCCAAUGGGUCCUACAGGUUUGCCUGGUAGAAAUGGACGUGAUGGAGAGAAAGGAGAACCCGGACUGCCAGGCGAAAGUUCUUAUCGUAGAAUUGCAGAAAAAGGAGAACCAGGAAUUCCGGGUCGCAGUGGUUUAAAAGGAAGCAAGGGAGAACGAGGGACUCCAUUUACCACAGUUUUGCGUCAAGGAAGCUACAUUGAAGUCAAAGGCGAGAAAGGAGAGUCAGGAAGGAGAGGCCGGAGGGGGAUGAAUGGAGAGCCGGGAGCAAAGGGAGAGCGUGGAAUCAGCAUUCAAGGCGAGAAGGGUGCCAAGGGGGAACCAGUCAGCCUUUCGGAUCUCGAGAUGCUAAAGGGCUCCAAAGGCGAGAGGGGACUUGUUGGAAUGCCCGGAGCGUGUUGCGGAAGGAUGGGCCCAAGGUCAAAUUUGAGAGCGGAUGGCUCUGUUUUGGUCCCACUGCCCGGUCCACAAGGCGUCAAGGGUGAAAAGGGAGGGGAAGGUCCACCAGGCAGUCCUCCAGAGUUCACAAUGGUACCCGGAGCUAGCGUCUUUAAAACGGAAGCAGACAUGAGACUCGUGAGGAGUCGUCCAGGUACGCUUUGUUUUGUUGAAGAGGAUGAAAGGGCUUUUUUCAGAGUCAAAAAUGGUUGGAAGGAGAUUCCACUCGGGAAUUUGAGACUUGAUAGACCAGACCAAUCCCAAGCUUAUUCCGUCGCAGAAAGUCAACCGCUUGAUCCCACACAUCGACACUAUGUUAACGAUGUCGCAGAAAAACCUUAUUACAAUGAGAAAAUUAGAAAUUCAAAUUAUUUGAAAAGAUACAGGCAUGGAAGAGGUCAAGUAUAAUCAACCUGGUUGUAGCAAUAUUGGAAUCAAUCUCUGAAUUAUUUUUUUGAUUAUGUUUUAACUACAUGUGAUUCAUAAAUUGUCAAAAACAUUGAAACAAGCUUGGAAUUUAUCCUUAAUUAUAUACAUUUUGAAGUUGUAAAUAUAAAACUGGUUUAAAAAUUAA